AUGCUUCCUCUUUCCCUCCUCCUUACUCCUCUGGUGGCAAAGGCAGCCGCACAGCUACCAGGCCCAUCCUGGCGGAAACCGAGUAUCACAACCUCGCUCGAAGACCGGAUCAGCGUCGCCCAAGGGGCCAUCUCGCGGGCUAUCUCGCAGCUGGAUAGCACGAACUUUAUGUUUCCCGAUCCAACCCACUCUUACCCGCGAUCCGGCACGCUCUACUCUCAACUCGCGGAGUUCGAUCAGCUCACCAACCAGUCGCGGUACGCUGCGGAUUUGGGAGGAUAUUAUGGCUCAGCGAAGACGGUGCUCGACAACAUGGGAGCAAAGAACUUCUCGGGCUUCAAUGUACUCAACGAUGGCCUGACCUUCGGACACGGGGCUGCUAUCGCCUACAAAACCUACAAUGUCCCUAUCUUUCUUCAGUAUGCGAAACAGUCGUGGUGGGCAGCAGUCCCGUACACCCUCACGCAAACAGCGCUUGACGCGGGAAAGAUCGCGUCCAAGAGUUUCAACCUCAGCUCGUCAUGUCAAGGCAUUAGCAUGGCUGGCGGGGUAUUCUGGAACAAAGAUGUGAACAACUCUGACAUCGUCAUGAUUGCGACAGGCGCUUUUUUCAUCCUUUCGGCCAUGCUGGCCGAAGCAACCGCGGACGCAAUGUACCUUGCCGCGGCAGUCCAGUCCAUGUCAUUCAUCCGCUCGCAUCUGUACAACGACCAAGGUCUCGUUAGGGACGGGAUAUCUGCUCGCGCCACGGACAACUGUGCGCUGGACAAGGUCGGCCUAUUCGCAUACGACUCGGGGCCUAUGAUCGAAGGGCUCGCGGUCUUGUACUCUGUCUCGCAGAACACGACUUAUCGCGACAUGCUCGAUGAGCUGAUAAGCGCCGCUCUCAAGACGAACAGCUGGCAGAAUGAAACUGGAAUCAUCCAGAACGGCGUUGGUCACACAGGCGACAUGAUGAUACCUCGCGCGUUGGUGGCCGCAUAUUCCCGCAAUGCAACCAGCCCCUCCCUGAGACCAUCCAUCCGCGCAUACCUAGCUGUCCAGUAUAACGCCGUCGCGGAUCUCGCAACACAGAACAACAGUAAUAUUUAUGGCGCGUAUUGGAGUGGACCUGCGGGCACCAAGUUUGACACGGGCUACCAAACCAACGCCAUCCAAGCUUUGAUAAGCGCCUUUGCGCUUGAUGACCCCGCAUCUCCGAGCUCAAGUGGCUUCUCCUCACAAGCGCCACCCAGAGCGACCAACUCGAUCUCUCCCGGGCCCACCCCGCCUCCCAAAGCCAAGGCGUCUGUCGGCGCUAUUGUAGGCGCCAUUGUAGGCGGAAUCAUUGCCCUCUGCUUGCUGGGUCUUCUGCUGCUCCGCUGGAGGCGAAAACGGAGAGAUAUGCGUCAGCUGACAAUGCCUUUCCCCAACUCUGCCCUCGAUAUCAAAGAUGCCUCUGCCGGCGAUGGGCAUUCGCCUUCCCGCCCCGCCGCUCCCAACCCCAAGCGACGCAUUCUGCCCGUUCGAAGAGCUCCCUCGCAGUCCCCAAGUUCCGAGUCAUGGGCAGCACCGCCGCCAACCCCGGCCAGCGGCGAGGCUCGCGCCGACUUGCAAGAAUUGAGUCCGUGGCCUUUGUCUGUCAAGCAGCGCAGCGUCUCAGUAGUUGCGGUUGGUCGGGGACAGCCGGAGCUGACGACGGAGGAGCUCUUGCGCAUGCUCUAUAACAGGAUGAACGGCGCGAAUACCAGCAUGCGGGUUGUGGACGAGGAGGCGUUGCCAGAAUAUCGUACAGCUUAG